GGUUCCAUUGAGGACUGUGGGGUUAUGAAACAACAUUUAAAAACCAUCUUCAAUAGAUAUACCUUUAAUGAAAAAUCUUUGAUAAUACAUGCUACAACAAAACCAGCUAGAUUUCCAGGAUAUGAUAUUUCUGUAGCAAGUUCUGGAAAGAGAUCAACAGUUAGGAAAGAAAAGUUUGGAAAAACGUUCCCUGCCAUGUCCAUCACUAAACAUUCUGUGACUAUUCUUUAUAAAGUUUUUCCCCUUUAAUCAGAUGAAUCUGCCAAAAAAAAAAAUCAAAUGUCACUGAUUCGCUUCAUUGGGCAUUAUUAGUGCGUCAUAGAGAGUACCUCUCUUUAUGUUCUUCUCGAACCAGCUAAUAUAAAAUCUCAGUUCGCAUGUCUAGUACUAGAUGAAGCGAGUCCCGUUCUUUUUUUUUGGUAGAUGCUGUGCAUUUCUCUCAGAAUAGAUCCUUAGGCUCAUCGUUCACUACCUUGAUUAUGAAAC